AUGCCCAUGUCGACCAAACGCAAAGCUCCAGCAAAGCUGGCAGCACCAGUCGCCAAAAAGAGCGUCAAUAUCCCCUCCAAGAACACAAUUAAUGAGCAACACACUUCGGUCUCUGGCACAGAUGCUCUGCACGGCUCAAAAGCCGAGACGAUAGAGAUUUCUUCCGACGCGGAGAGCGAGUACACCUCGGACGAGGAAGCUCCUCCAGUGCAAGUAAAUGGUACCAAAGAGGAGGCCCAGGCUUUCGAAGACAACAAGAUCAAGUCUAUCGCCACAACUAGCGCUGACGACAGCAACGACGCCGGAUCAGAUGCCGAAGGGGGCUCCCCCACGUUUGGCGAGCUUCUGCGCGGCAACGAGACCAUUGACGUGUCCAGCCUGCUCCAACAAGCCGUAACCAGCACUUCUGUGCAGCCCACACGCACCGUCAUUGCGCCGCCCUCCCUCCAAUCCCUCACCACCGUCCUCACUCAAGCGCUCAAGACCGACGACACGGAGCUGCUCGAAUCGUGCCUGCACACGACCGACCUGAUCACCAUCCGAAACACGAUAGAGCGCAUCGAUAGCAGCCUCGCCGGCACCCUACUAAAUAAGCUGGCCGCACGCCUGUACCGUCGGCCAGGCCGGGCUGGCAACUUGAUGAUAUGGGUUAAGUGGACGCUCAUCGCCCACGGCGGCGCGCUGUCGUCGCAGCCCAAGGUGCUGCAGAACCUCAACGGCCUGCAAAAGGUGCUCUCCGAGCGCGCCAAGGGCCUCGGUAGUCUGCUCGCGCUCAAGGGCAAGCUCGACCUGCUCGAGGGCCAGAUGGAGCUCCGCCGCAAGAUGAAGCGCGGCGCGUCGUCGGGCAAGCACGGCGACAGCGACAAUGAGGACGAGGUCGACGACAAUGUUAUCUGGGUCGAGGGCGAGACGCAGGAUAGCAAAUUGGCCAACGGGGCGGCGGACGUCGACGAGGACGCGCACAUGGCCAACGGCGUCAUCCCCGACUCAGACGGUGACGAUGAUGAUUCCGACGCCGAAGACGAGGACGAUGAGGACCGCGCGGAGGAGUCGCUGGACGAGGACGAGGUGGAUCACGACGACGUCGACGAGUCCAUGGGCGAGGACGAGGAGAGCGAUGCGGAACCCGCUCCGCCUUCCAAGCUACAAAAAGUUGCUGGCUUCUUUACGAAGCGCAAGUGA